AUGUUUAUUAUAUUAUUCGAUCUAGGUUAUGGACUACUAUCGAAUAGCAAUUACGAAAAUGCUUUCCCGGGUUUACGUAAAUGCUAUCUGAUUAAAGAACAGUUUCAUUAUUCAUGCAAGAAGAUGAAGCAACGGUACAAUAGUCGCAGUAAAUUUCAAUGUUUGGUCGAAGUUCAAGCGCUAAAGCGAUUAUCCGGACAUCCGAGUGUUGUUCAGUUACGGCAAGUUCUCUAUGCAACCGAAACUGGUUCGGCCUGGAUAAUUACAGAAUUAAUAGAAAUAAACUUGGAUCAAUUAAUUAAAGUAGGCUUCAGUAAUCAGUUAUCAAAGGAUAAAAUUACUUCUUACGUUUGGCAACUACUUAAGGCUGUCGAAUACAUGCAUAGCAAUGAUAUUUUCCAUGAUAAUAUCAAGCCUGAAAAUAUUCUGGUUAAAGGCAGUGUUGUAAAACUGACAGGAUUUGAAUUUUCCCGUAGCAGUUAUUCACCACUUCCUUACCUUGACCGUCCUUCAUGUCUAUGGUAUCGUGCUCCUGAAUGUUUAUUAACCAGUGGCUAUUAUACAUGCAAGGUAGACGAAUGGAGUAUUGGAUGCAUUAUGUUUGAAAUGAUAACCUCACGUCGACUAUUUUUCGGGAUAAAUGAGGGUGAUCAAAUUACUAAGAUUCAUAAUAUUCUGGGCACGCCAGCCGAUGAUGUCUUAACGAAAUUUAAGGAGUACGCUAAUUAUUUAAUUAUUUUUUUUUAUCUUGUCCGGCGCUAUUGA